CCCUGAAGGCGGCGCAGACCGAUUGCGGGACGCGCUCGGAAGAUGGCCGCGGCGAUGGAGGAGGAGUUCGAAGAUGCGCCUGACGUGGAGCCGCUAGAGCCGACAUUAAAGAAUAUAAUCGAACAGAAAUCCCUCAAAUGGAUAUUCGUAGGCGGGAAAGGCGGCGUUGGCAAAACAACGUGCAGCUGCAGCCUGGCAGUGCAGCUGGCCGCAGUGCGGGAGAGUGUUCUCAUCAUCUCCACAGACCCCGCGCACAACAUCUCCGAUGCCUUUGACCAGAAGUUCUCCAAAGUGCCAACUAAAGUCAAAGGAUACGACAAUCUCUUUGCCAUGGAGAUUGAUCCUAGCUUGGGUGUCGCAGAACUUCCGGAUGAGUUUUUUGAAGAAGACAACAUGCUGAGCAUGGGCAAGAAGAUGAUGCAGGAGGCCAUGAGCGCUUUCCCCGGCAUUGACGAGGCCAUGAGCUAUGCUGAGGUCAUGAGGUUAGUCAAAGGUAUGAACUUCUCAGUGGUGGUGUUUGACACCGCUCCUACUGGACACACCCUACGUUUGCUCAAUUUCCCCACCAUUGUGGAGCGUGGACUUGGCAGGCUGAUGCAGAUAAAGAACCAGAUCAGCCCCUUCAUCUCUCAGAUGUGCAACAUGUUGGGACUGGGAGACAUGAAUGCAGACCAGCUGGCCUCUAAGCUGGAGGAGACUUUACCGGUCAUCCGCUCUGUUAGUGAGCAGUUCAAAGACCCGGAGCAGACGACAUUCAUCUGCGUGUGCAUCGCCGAGUUCCUCUCGCUGUAUGAGACCGAAAGGCUGAUUCAGGAGCUGGCAAAGUGCCGUAUAGACACGCACAACAUCGUCGUCAAUCAGCUCGUCUUCCCGGAUUCGGAGCGGCCCUGCAAGAUGUGUGAAGCUCGCCACAAGAUUCAGUCCAAGUACCUGGAUCAGAUGGAGGACUUGUAUGAGGAUUUUCACAUCAUCAAGUUGCCCCUGCUUCCCCAUGAAGUACGUGGUGCCGAUAAGGUCAACACGUUCUCCAAGCAGCUCCUGGAACCCUACACCCCCCCCAGCAAGUGACCGUCCCCUGGAUCAGAACCCACCACAGGACAUCAGUGCAUCACUAAACCCAUAAAACCAACCACAGGCAGGUUCCAUCAAGGAGAGAAGCAUUUUGGAUGUCGCCUGUAACAAGGGUCUUUCUCUCACAUACCUUUUCUGAUCUUUUUACUCAGUAUCUGUUUCUUGGAUAAAUGAAAUACUAAUGUUGAGGUGUCUCCCUGAGAAUGUCCCCCCCCUUAUUUUGAGCAAAUCACUCUAAAUUACAUGGUGAAAGGCACCUUUUGGGUUCCACUACGAGUUAUUUUAGUUUCUUGUAUUUAUUUGAAUCCUGUUAUUACAAAGAUUUAUGUAUGAACAAUACAAAGCUGGCAUCACUAACAGUGGAGUUAUGAGGUGAGUGUUUCAUUGUGGAGGUCUUCUCUAAUUUUGGAAACUUGGUGGUGGACUAUACAGGCAAUCCCCGAGUUACAAACGUCCGACUUGCGUACAACCUGUACUUACAACCCCCCCCACUUACUGAUGGGAAGUUGUCGUCGCCCUUAAGUCACACUCAGAUGAAAACUUCAUAAUUAAGCAUAUUUAGGUUUGUAAUAAAAUGGGCCUUACUUUGCAAAGUGCAUCAAAACAUUGCAUGUGUGAGCCUAAGGUAGGACAGACUUCUUUUCCUGGUGUGUCUCACUGUAUUUGGCUUUAUUUUUCUGUUUUUACCCUCCUAGCCAUGGCACUAAAGGGGAAGGUGAAACAUUGAAAAUUAAGGUGGGGUUGCGCACACAUGCUGUACCUCCGUCGCAGAGAGCACUGGGCUAAAAAGACAGUUCUUCCCAGUUGAAAUCUCACUCCAUCCCUGACCACAAGAACAGAUCUAGUCUGUUGGUUCUAAAUAAAUGAUCCUGCACUUGACUCCAGCAUGACAGUAAUAACUUGUCUAUUAUACUAUGGUUACAUCUGUUACAUUAAAUGUUUUAGUAUAGCAAGGUAUGCUAUAUACUAAGACAAAGGGUUGACACAGUGAGGGAAUGUAAUUCGGGGACUGCCUGUACCUUCAAAAUUUUUCCUAUGUUUCUUUUUAAAAUUGUUUACCUCUUGGAGGAGCCCGUUUUGCUGCGGUGUAAUCUAGCAGUUCUCAUGACACAGAACAGCACAUUUGCAUCCUGUUCCACCUGAGUACACUAGUUUUUCAGCUGCCAAGUGACCGCUCACUGCCACCCAACUCCUCCAAUGAGCUUCUGCACGGUCCAGCUGGAGAAAAAACCUGGAUCUCUUUUUCUGUCUUUCUACUGAAGUGGUUGUAUGGUAGAAAACCAGACAUGUUACAUCAAUAUUAAAAAAGAACUGAAGUGUAACAGGGACCCUCUGAUACCAAGAUGUCCUGCUUUCUUACUUCCAUAAGUCUACAGUCAUUACUCCACACAAUGAACAUGGUCCUGAGGGGCUGGAGGUACAGCUAGGCAGCCCAACGCAGCAGGCAGUUUCUAGGAGACCUGCGGAUUUACAGUGACAAGUCCUGAAUUAGCGGCAGCCUUUCAUCCCGUUAACAAGUGAAGCAAACAGGCGUUCCCACUGAGCAGCUAUGGGGAAUUACCGUGAAGAGGCAAGUAAGACUUAGAGCAAAUGGCAACGUCUUUACAGGUGGUUUUACGGCAGUCAAUCAAACAGUUUUCAGGAAAAAGCUGAGGUGUAUAAUUUCACCUGUGGACUGCAGUUCCAAACACAUCCCAGGCCUUGCACACAUUCGCUGCCUUAAGCCUGUCCGUCACUUGUUGUUAAGCGAUCCGAGUGGCCCGGGUCCGAAGCAGGGUUAGCAGCAGGAGCCAGCACUAAUGAGCACUAAAGUCCUCCCUUUUGGGUCACAUCCUGGGGCGUUUGGGCACUGGACUCACAUUUGCUUAAAUUCGGGAAUUACCUAAUCUGCGUACAAUGUUACAGUCCUCAUUUGUAAGGCACUUGCAUUCACUCGUUUUACUCCUACCAUAGUAACUACUGUCCCACAACAAGUCUCUGUUCACUAUUUUUAUGGCACACUUCU